CGUCACUUGUCUCGCGUCUACAAUACUUUCACUUUGAUCUAUCAGGAAGAAGCUGCGUUUAUGUCUAUGGUAGAGCCAGGUGAAGGAAGAAGAAGACUGUCAAAAUGUCAAAAACAGAGGAUGAGCCAGAGCCCAUGGAGAUUGACGGCAAUAACCCGCAGCCUCAAACCCCUCAGGAGAAGUCUGCUGAGACAAAAGAUGGAGUUCAAGUCACUCUCUUAGUGGAGUGGUCAAAGCGUGUUCAACCGCCGAAAUGUGAUAGAGAGCUGCAGAAAGUUCUUCAGACUUGGGCUAACAACAUAAGCAACUUUGAAGGAGACUGCGCUGUUUUAAAUGUCUCAAAAAAUGGGAAUGCUGUGAUAAGUCUUAAACCUGCUCCAGCUGUGGGUGAGCUUCAGAAACUGAAUGGACAAAAACUGACCAGCAAAUGUAAUACAUACACAGUCACAAUAAAGUCUGUUACGUUGACACCACUAGAGCUGAAGACACAAAUGCCAGAGGAUUCUUCAGUGAACCCCAGUCCUUCAUCCGUUUCAGAGCCACAAUAUGAGCUAGUGCACCAGGGCAAGCAGAGUAGUGCAGUUUCUACAGCAGGAGAGGAGGCAUGCAGUUGCACUGUCCCAGUGGGCCAUUUCUGGUACGUGAACCACAUCUACAAGGAGGAAAUUAAACGUAUAGAGAAAGAGAAUAGAGUUAAAAUCACGGCAGAUGUAAAUGUGACAUUUCACGCAGACCAGGAAGAUGGAGGCUCACAAAACGCUCUCUCUGAGUUCACAAGCCUCGUCCAGAAGUGCUUAGGUGAAUCAGAUGGCUCAACUAUUCCUCUCAAUAAUGUCGAUGAAGAACAGUGGAAAGACGUGCUGAAAAUCGCCCAGACAAAAGAAAACAAGCUUUUGCUUACUGUAUCCUCUGAAGAAAUGACCGCAUGUGGACCAAGACCAGUUCAAGAUGCCAUCAGAAAGUCCUUAACUCUAUCAACAAAUACCAGCCCUUUUGUUGGAGAGUCUACGUGGGCGUCUCAAGACACACCACUGAACAUUGGCAUGAGCAUCAAAGACCCUCUCGUCAAUGCUGGACUAACCAUGGAGGAGAACUCCUGGAAGCUGAUGACUACUUCCUUCAAUGAGCAAGUAAAUAAGAUCAAAACUAAGUUUGGUGUGAACUUUAAAGUGUCAGACAUCAGUCAAGGCAAAGUCAAAGUCAAAGCUUGCUACAACAAAUCUGGAGGAAACGCGUCAAUGGAGAGCCACGCUGUCCGAGCUCUUCUUCACCUGUAUCAGAAGAGUGCCACAUCACCCAUGAGCUUCACCCAACACCAGGGUGCCACUGGGUUCGCUGGCUCGCUGUCAGAGGGCGCCUCCGGUGGACCUGUGUUGAAUGGACAAUCGGGAGACAACACUGAAGCACCAACAGGGGGGGGAGCAACAUCAGGAGAUGACAAAGACGAAAAAUGUCCUAUAUGCAUGGAAACAUUUACCAAAAAGAAACAGCUCAAGUGUAAACAUGAGUUUUGUGAGGAAUGCCUGGCCCAGUCAAAGAAAGCCAUGGGACCCAUCUGUCCUGUAUGCAGAGAUGUCUUUGGUAUGAUGGAGGGAGACCAGCCAGAUGGAUACAUGACAUGGAAGUCAUAUUCCUCAUCCCUCCCUGGAUUCUCAGGCUGCAACACUAUAGUCAUCAACUAUGACAUUUCAGGUGGACAACAGACGGAAAAGCAUCCAAAUCCUGGAAAGUACUAUUAUGGUAUUAGCAGAACAGCAUAUCUGCCAGACAAUAAAGAGGGCAGAGAAGUGCUGCUCCUGUUGAAGAAAGCGUUUGACCAGAAGCUCAUUUUCACUGUUGGAACGUCCAGAACGUCUGGGAUGGACAACCAGGUCACCUGGAACGACAUUCACCACAAGACCAGCAUGACAGGAGGACCAGAGUGUUUUGGGUAUCCUGACCCUGGCUACCUGAGCAGAGUCAAGGAGGAGCUGAAGGCUAAAGGAAUCGAGUGAAGACUUUGAUACAAAGUGGCUGAGGAGAGUUGUAUUAUCACAAAAAAAAAUUUAUGAUUAUGUAAAACAAGCAAUUAGUGGAAUAUACAUACUGCUGUAUUGUAUACUGUCUCUCAUCAGUAAGGGUUACUUUGAGGUGGAAUGAUCAGCAUUUACAGCUUAAGAGUUUAUGGUUUAGCAACGUGUAUUAUCUUUACCUAUUAAGCAUAACUUUGAAGGAUUUCAUCAAUUUUGUUUGUUGAUUGAUAAAGUUUCUCAAAAAUA